AUGAGCUGUCGGAGGUUUCAUAAGGUUUUGCAGGCGAAUGAGGAGGAAAACGAGCAUGCACGUGAGGCCUUUCUUGCAUCCUGGCGUUCGGAAUAUCAACAGUUUCUUCAAAGCAAACUCGCUGCCCUUGUGUGGCACGUGGAGCAUCACUGCCGUAGUCAUGUGACUCCCCAGACUGCGACGUUCAUGGCCUGCGGUGAAGUGCCGCGGAUGAAAGUAGCGACCACAGCAACCAACUCUACCAAGACGGCGUCUACGAACAGCAACAGUGCCAUGAUGGCUGAAGACGCUGAGCAGCAUGAUGCCUGCAACGUGUUGGCUCACAAGCAAAACAGAAGGACGACGCUCCCGUCACAUUUUUUCCUUGAGCAAACUCCCACAUCGACGCCUUUUUAUCCGCAGGAAUUUAUUGUAGAGAAGGAAACCCAGAUUUUUAGGCAAACGAACACACCGUUUACGGUAGGGGAAACCCCCCACGAUAGCCAACACUCUCGCACCGAACUUAACGCAUCCAAGGGGACAGUGGUGCCAUUGCCGUCAGCACAUAAGAAAGAGACAGUAGAUCGGAAUAGUGAAAAGGAUGAUGACAGGACGGCAAUUUUGGUCGUGAGUCCAUCACCACGUCAAAUCUCAAUGCGUUCACCGUCUCACAUAGAGGAUGAUGGCUCUCUAGAUGCUUCUUUAAGCCCAGCAGCGACAGUAGCAGUAACGAACGUGCUGACGAGAACGUCCGGACCCGCUGUGCAGCUACAGAAGAUGCUGCCAACGGAGGAGAUAUCUAAGGCGAAUCUCAGGAAAACUAUUGCUCGCUUGUACAGUGACUCUGUGGACACACGAAGCUCGUGGUCAGAUACGUGGAGUCAAAAGAAGCUACGAGGAGCAUCACCACUACCACCACCAUCGUCAGCAUCACACAUGAUGCAUUUAAAGACGAUGCACGUUAGUCACGGAGCCCCCUGUGAAAAUAUGGAGGCUUCGAGAAAUGAUAUGUUGUCAAAAAAGCAGCUGAUAUGCGAACUGCGUCGACUGUAUGGUUUGGAAGAUGAGCGUUAA